GUGAACAAUAAAGCAGUGCCGAGAGAUAAGCCAUAUUAUCUUCUAGAUUCGGCGAUGCACUAUAUGUUGUGGGUUCUCUAUGGACUUCCCCUUCUUAACGAGAAUAGUAGUCUCUUCCUUUUAAUAACUGGUGGCUUCGGUUUGGGAGUUGAAGCUUUCUUUUUAACUGUCUUCUUCAUCAACUGCGGUGACGAGAAAAACCUCCGGAGGUACAUUGUGUCACGUCUUUUGGUUAAGAUCACUUGUGUAGUAGUGAUUGUUCUCAUUACGGUUUUCGCAAUUAAAAGUUCAUCUGGCAAACAAACGUUCGUUGGUGUUAUUUGCAAUAUCUCCUUCAUUAACCUUAUGCCUAAAUCUCACAUAAUUUCCCUCAUUAAAGCGCUGGAGCCGGAGAGUACCGAUGAGUAUAUACGGCCGUUUUAUGUACAGAAAGUGCUGGAGAUGGAGAGUACCGAUAAGUAUAUACCACCGUUUUGGUUAACGUUCAUUGGUUUCCUCAACUAUAUAGCUUGGACUGCUUUCUCUUUGAUCGACAAAAUCGAUUUUUGCAUCCUUAUAAUCAAUCUUCUUGGAACAUUAAGUUCUGGUUCUCAGCUCUAUGCCUAUUACAAAUCUACUGCAAAGGUGAAAACGGAGUAGAGACUCGAGAACAUCAUAAUAAGCAUUUUUUUUCCUUUUCUUUUUCUCGCUUGCGUUUGAAAGAUGAUGCCAUGAUUCGAUGAUAACUGUCUUCGACUUUGAGUCAUAGUGGAAUCAUACUCGGAAACUGUAUGACGAAACCAACUUAAAAAUAGAAGCAACAAGUAUGCAAUUA